AUGAUUAACGAGCAAGUGUGCAAGUUCGUAGGAUGCUACGACGCAGCUUUGAGGGAGCAGAGAAGUGGACAAAAUGAUGAUGAUGUGAUGAAAGCUGCACUGGACCUUUUCUACAAUCAUUACUCGGUCAAGUUUAGCAUGGAACAUGCCUGGAGGGAGCUGAGGCAUGACCAGAAAUGGUCGUCCACCUAUGUGGCUAAGUACAGUGGGAAGGAAAAGCGCAAAGUCUCGGAGGUUGAUACAGCAGAUGAAGUGGGAGAACCACAGGGUAGACCUAUGGGGGUUAAGGCUGCUAAAGCUGCUAUGAAGAAGAAAAAGAGUGGUAAAGAGGAGUCAUUGGCAGCGAUACACGCCAUCAUGGAAGUAAAAAAAACAGUCUCUAAACAGAAACUGCUUGAACGUCUACUGGCCAAAAAAGAGCCACUCACUGAGAUGGAAACAUCUCUUAAACUCAAACUUAUGUCUGAGAUGAUAUGA